CGUCAAAAUAAUAUAAACGAAUUGCAAGCCUCAGUGGUAGUUAUGCUGAGAGAAAUAUGGCUUCCAAAAUGUGGAAAUGUCAUUGCUAAACAGUCAUAUCAUUACUAUAUGCUAAGAUAGGAUAGCUACGUAAUUACCUUGCCAACGACUUUAGCUAUAACAUUUGUAGCUUUACAAAGCCAACAAGGCUCAUACGGUACUUGACAGCAAUAAUGCAAUUUCGCGUGCACAUUAACGUUAAAUGUCUAGCUGUGAGUCAAAGUGCAGCGAGACAUGCUGUAGUAAUGAACGUUAACUAGCAAUGUCUAGGCUACGUAAAGUUGCCUAUGAAGUUAGCUAGCUGGUUAGUAAGUUUAACUAGUUAGUGUCAAAGUAGUAGUCAUCCAUGAUAAAUAACAUUUGUUCGAGCCAUUGACAACCUACACCAACUCAGCUGUUUGGUAAGGGCUCACUCCCCCGGAUCCCCAGUGCAUGAAGUUCGCCUGCGGUUGAAGCAUCUCAGUGCUGCCUCCCCUGCUCCUCCUGCCUUUCAUCAUGUCCUCCAACUCCUCCUCUUGCUCCUCCUCUGGUGAGACCAGUCCAGAGGAUGUGCCCCGAGGUGGCGGCACCAUCCGUGUCUACCUCCCCAAUAAACAGAGGACUGUGGUGAAUGUUCGCCCUGGCCAGACUGUUUAUGACAGUUUGGAUAAAGCCCUUAAAGUGAGGGGCCUCAGCCAGGACUGUUGCGCAGUGUUUAGACUCCUAGAGGGUCGCAAGAGACUAACUGAUUGGAACACUGACAUCACCCCGCUUGUAGGAGAAGAGCUGCUUGUAGAUGUGUUGGAUGAUGUCCCUCUCGCCAUGCAUAACUUUGUACGGAAAACCUUCUUCAAGUUGGCCUAUUGUGACUUCUGCCACAAGUUUCUGUUCAACGGCUUCAGAUGUCAGACAUGUGGCUACAAGUUUCACCAGCACUGCAGCAGCAAAGUUCCUACUGUGUGUGUGGACAUGGACACUAUGACAAAACGGUUCACACGUAAUCCCUGCACAGAUGAGUACCCUCAGAUAUCCAUACUGUUGCCAGACAACUCCAUAUCCCAGAGCGACAUAGCCUUAACCCCAGAUUCUUCUGGGCAUGGACUUCUGUCCCCGACCUCUGCCUUCCUGUUUCCCCAGCCAGUUGGAGAUGGACCAUCCCUACAGAGGCAUCGGUCCACCUCCACCCCCAACGUCCACAUGGUCAGCACUGUGGGCCCUGCCGGAGUCAGCAUCAUAGAGGAGGCGUUAAAAAUACAAAACAAUACAAUGGGUCCUGAACCCUCAUCCAAACCCUCCACCAGCCCCCCCUCCCUGGACUCCCCUGGCAGGAGACCCCCUAAAUCCCCCUCAGAGCACAAAGAGCGCAAGCCCUCUUCAUCUGACGACAAAAAGAAAGUGCACCGUGGCGGUUAUAGAGACUCAAGUUACUACUGGGAGGUCCACUCUCGAGAAGUCACCAUGCAGAAAAGGAUAGGUGCAGGGUCCUUUGGGACUGUUUUCAAGGGAAAGUGGCAUGGAGAUGUGGCCAUCAAGAUCCUCAAAGUGACAGAGCCAACACCUGAGCAGCUGCAGGCUUUUAAAAAUGAAAUGCAAGUCCUAAGAAAGACACGCCACGUCAACAUUCUGCUGUUUAUGGGCUUUAUGACUAAGCCUAACUUUGCCAUCAUCACACAGUGGUGUGAGGGCAGCAGCCUGUACCGUCAUCUGCAUGUCUCCGAGACCAAGUUUGAAACCAUGCGCCGCAUCGACGUUGCCAGGCAGACAGCACAGGGCAUGGAUUAUCUUCAUGCCAAGAAUAUAAUUCAUCGAGACCUGAAAUCAAACAACAUCUUCCUCCAUGAGGGCUGGACUGUGAAGAUCGGGGACUUUGGGCUGGCCACAGUGAAGUCUCGAUGGAGUGGCUCCGAGCAGGUAGAACAGCCUAGUGGUUCCAUUCUGUGGAUGGCUCCUGAGGUGAUCCGGAUGCAGGACACCAACCCUUAUACGUUUCAGUCAGACGUGUAUGGCUACGGGGUGGUUCUGUUUGAGCUGAUGUCAGGGACUCUGCCUUAUUCCCAGAUCAACAACAGAGACCAGAUACUCUUUAUGGUUGGGCGAGGCUAUUUGUCUCCAGACCUCAGUUUGCUGUCCAGUAGCUCACCCAAAUCAAUGAAGAGGCUCAUCAUUGACUGCCUGAAGUUCAAACGUGAUGAGAGGCCCCUCUUUCCACAGAUCAUGUUAGGCAUUGAGCAGGUCCAGGACCUGUUACCAAAAAUCGAGCGGAGUGCCUCAGAGCCCUCCCUCCACAGGGCUGUGCAUGCAGAGGAACUGAACCCACUCCUGUUCAACACCACUCGGCUGAUGCCCAUUUGAGCCCUGACCUGCCAGGCCCCCAGUCCCAGAAGCCAUCUGUCUGUCCCUCUGUCUGAGCGAGUAAGAAGAAAAGAGACCAUCACUGAUGCAACCGAUGGCUGCAUUAUUCCCAUAAGAGAGAGUGCACUGACAGCUGCCCAUCCCAACACCCCAGAGGCUACGUACCAAAUGGCACCCUAUUCCCUACAUGGUGCACUACUUUUUACCCGAUCCCUAUGGGACACUAUAAGACUGCCAUUUGGGACACAACCCAGCAUUCCCCUUCCUCUGGCACUGGUUGGGGCUCCUCCCACAUACACCACCACCAACACAUAAAUAUAACCCCUCGUCACGCAGACACUCGACACUCCCCAUCACAACUCCCUGAGCCGUCACUCUCCCUACUCCACUUCAAAACACACAGCUUCCCUCCUUUCCUCCUGCUCACAGGCCUACACAAACUGGAACUGCAGAACACACGCUAGCCUGGCCAUGUCAGACCCCUUACAUUCCUAUACUGUAACUGUACAUGCGUGGCUAUGGAUUUCUCAAGGCUGCUUUUGGGGGGGAAGGGACACCGAACUUCUUCUUUUUUUUUUGUAUCAUCUUGAAGUCGGCGUUCUGAGAUUAAGUGCAAGCGAUGGAAGAAGUGCUUGCAAAACAACCAUAUUUUAAGUUAUUGGUCCUUCCGGUCCCGUAACGGUUUUGGUAAAUUAGUGUUGUCAAUGCGUUGUUAGAAUAUGAAGAUUAAUAAGUUGUAUUGCUGCUAUACAACAUGGAUCGAUAUGCCACUAAGACCAGCAGUUUGGAAGCCGUGAACUGCAGUGUCAUAUGGGUACAGCAACAUUUUGGAAUGCACAGAAGGGUCGUAUUCAUUAGUGCACACCAUGACAUAGUGCUUUGCCAUUGGAAAUAAAAUAAAAAGUCGUUCUUAUUGGACAAGGUAAGGUAGUCCCUCCAUCUUUCAGUCUGUUUUCUUCUGUUUGGUGCCUAAUGAAUACGACCCAGACAUGUUCAAUCCUGUGCAUUUUUUUCAUUAAAUACAUGUAGGUUAGUUCAGCCCAGAGAGCUUCUGUAUGACCAUGAAACCUGUAGUCUUAACAGAUGAGUAAAGAGUAUUCUCAAUGAUUUACAUGCUUACAGUCUGCUUGACUCUCCAAUGCACCAUGGGGCAGCACUUGUGCUAGCUUUGACUAAUCUAGUUAAAACAAGCUGCCUUACUUGUAAAGAUUUCUUGCUCAUUGUAACACUACGGUUAUGGCUGUGGUUGAAGUGAAAAGUAGUCUCUUCCGUGGAUGUUUUUGGUUUAGUUUAAAAUGUGCUAGUCAUUAUCAAUCAUGUGACCUCUGGUUUGACGUCUGAUUCCUACUUUCAAUUUAACUUUUGUUUUUGGAACAGUUAAAAACAAAUACAAGCCAUAUUUUUGAGUAGAUUAAACACUUUGGAAAAUAGUUGCUGUUAAAUCAAUGAUUUAUCCUGUUCCUCCUUCCUAUUGCUGUUGAUUGCGGGCUGCUACUUCAAUUGAGCGUUGUAACUAGUGAAAGGUGGUUGGUUGCUUACUUGGUUUGCAUUAGCAGUGGUUCGCCUAUUAGUUUCCAGCUUCUUCUUUCAGUGAAAGUGCAUUGAUUGUUAUUUUGAGAGGCUUUUCCAAUUGAUGCUAAGUAGAUGGCUCCAUGGUGCAAUGGGGUGGGGAUGGCAGUUAUUUUCAGUUAUUUGGCUGAAUACUGGUUACAAAAGAGGCAGAUUUGAAUCAUCAUUGUAAACUUUUUUUAUUUUAACUAACCGUAACUGUGAUCUUAACCCAUAAAGGGGUCUGUUGUUUUUGGUGUUAUGUAUGCUCGCAAUAGACAGUACAGGGGCGUGAUUUCUUGAUGCUGUAUUUGACGUGAUCAAUUUAAACAAGUGCAGAUUCUAUCAUGGGUCGAUGGUUACUCAACAAACAUAACUGACAGCUUUUAUAAAAAACAGAUGAUAUACAGGUUUUUAACCAAGAUUCUUUAGAGGGGCUGGGCACCCUAUUUUGUUUCCUCAUUCCAAUGAGGUUGGUGGUUAUGAUUGGGUUGUAUGAAUAGGUUUGGCUUGGGGAUUUUGGUAGAAAAGGGUUGGAAAAGAUUUCUCAUCUUAUUUAUUGAUGUUAUUGUCAUUACAUAAAGCAGUGUGAUGGAUCUGCUGUCAUGGACCUUUUGGUGGAUUCAAUAUUUACUGAGUGAUAAGAUCACUCUUUACAGCAUUUAAAUCAUGGAUGGUUUGGGUUCUCUCUAACUUAACGAAAUGUCCUUUCUAGUCAUGGUACUGUCUCAAACUAUUCUAAUUGAGCUUCAGAUUUCUGAUACUCUGUGUCAUGCAGGUGUAUUUAUUUGACUUUUGAUUGCAACAUUUUCUUUUGCAACUGUUACUUGGCCGCAGUGAGUAAUUUACUGGGGUGGAAUGAUGUUGUAUACACCCACUAUACUGCAUAUACAGUGUCCUCUUGGGCCACUGGGCUACAUUGUCAUACCCAGAAAUCCCGGUUGGCAUAUUCCCGGAAUGAGCAGGAAAUCCGGAAUCCUCUAACUAGGAUUUCUGGAAAACUCAAACUUUUGGUAAAUUAGAAUUUUGCAACCAUACCCUCCUCUGAUUAGACCAGUAAACAUGGAAUGUGUCAUUAAAAUGGCAUGUACUGUUAUUAUUGCAAUAUGCAGCAAAAGAAAGAGAGAAAAAAACACGGAACACAGUUUUUAAGGCGUUGUACAUCAAACAUUACUUUUGUCUUAUGAUAUGUAGGUCAUAAGUAAUUGAAUAGCCCAAAGGCUGAAUGAAACAUAUCUUUCCAAAUCCCUUUUUAUAGACAUUUAUUUCUUAUUGUCCUGUGUGUUUAGAGAUGUCCAUAAUGCAGGAAUAGUCUAGCAUCUUACGUUUGGUGGCAUUGCUUUACCAUAAUGUAAGUCGGUCGGUUUCUGCUGAAUUAAUUAGUAAACAUGUUUGUCACUGAGGGACUCUGGCGAGCUCUUUUUUUCCCCUUCUGACUUCCCCAUUAGUUUAUUCUGUUUUAUGUUUGCAGAAAGGAGGACAAAAGUGCCACAUUUACUGGAAUCUUGUACAAACUAAAUAAAUUGACCUCCCCUGAAAUGGACUGUUCUAAAGGCAUGACGUAACAUUGAAGAUACCAUUUACUGUGCUUCAGACACAUGGUAAUUACAGGGGCGCAUGGCAGAGAAACUGGACUGUCAUAUUUGACCAGAAAAUAUCAUUAACGCACUCGGUAGUUUUUCAUAUCUCUAGGUGAAUUUAAAUAAUUGUGUGUAUAGUUUGAGGUAUCAGGGGUGUUCAGUUUGCAAUAAAUGGUAUAUUCUGCUGUGUACAGUAAAACAUUUUAAAUUACAAAAUUGUACUUGUUUCUUUUUUGUGAUGGUUUCAAAAAAGAACAAUUAUUUUAAAAUUUAAAGGAGAUCUUAGGUUUGUCUUAAAAUAUUGAUGCAGGAUUUUAUUCUUUAAAUAAAACUGUGGAAUACUUAUUGAA